UCCGGUAGGUGGCAGUACGUGUCUCCGGUAUAAUAAAACUGCCGGAAAUUCUAUUGAACGCCGAAGACAAAACUGUUUGUGGACGUUCGGUGCUCGUUUGGUUCACAGACAGCUAGUGAAGAUGUCCAUUGGAGUGCCCAUCAAAGUUCUUCAUGAAGCAGAGGGACACAUAGUCACCUGUGAAACUAACACUGGGGAGGUUUACAGGGGCAAACUGAUCGAGGCUGAGGACAACAUGAACUGCCAGAUGGCAAACAUCACAGUCACAUACAGGGAUGGCCGUGUAUCUCAGCUGGAGCAGGUGUAUAUUCGUGGCAGUAAGAUCAUCCUCAUCCUUCCCGACAUGCUGAAAAAUGCUCCUAUGUUAAAGAGUAUGAAGAACAAAAAUCAGGCCGCUGGUGCAGGUCGAGGAAAAGCAGCUAUUCUCAAAGCCCAA